AUGAAGACUAUUUUAUUGGCUUUGCUGUUUUUUGCUGUGGUUUUGUUUGUCACCGUUGAAUGUAGAAGAACCGGGCCUGGCAAGGGAAAAGAUCCUAAGUCUGGAAAAGGAGCGAUCGGCAAGCUUAGGAAACUAGGUAAAAGGCACUACAUUGGGUGUAUUUUCUUUGGUUGUGUUUAUGGUAAACAGCUCUCUUUUACUUCCCAGAGAUUUUGAUAGUCUUUUGAAAUGCAGGGCUUGUAACUUCUUUGCUAGAUGCCCUACAUUUUAAGCGCCAAAAACCGGCCGAUACCGGUAGUUGUCAGGUAUUAUUAAAUGGGGGAACUGUUUCCAUAAGUACUGUUGAACUUACUUCAAUUUUAGAGAGUUUCAAUGCACUUAAGUAGAGGAAAAUUCAAAUAGAUCUUAUGCAAAACAGAGAAAUACGUCCAUAUAUGAUGAUCGUGCUUUUGAAGUCAUCUGUCAACCAAACAAAACUGCGCAAUAACAAUGAUUAUACAAAAGGCGAUUUGUCUUUUAGUCUCCUCUUUGAGAACGACCUUUGCCUUUGCCAACUGCCACAGAUGCAAAAUCACUUUUACAGGAUAACAUUUGUUUUUAGUGAAGCAUCUGGCAAAACCAUGGUUUUUAUUAUUUUUCGUCGGCGUGAUCAUUAUCCUGAGCUGUGUAGCCGCCACGGCGCCAGCCUGCAUGAGAACAAGCGUUGUUUUUUUCGCGUUUUUCAUGCGAAAGAAGCGAGCGAGGGCGCGAGACACGCGCACGAUGGGUGAAGGCCCUACACGCCCGCUUCGUGUUUCGCUCGCCCGAAAAACGCGGGAAAAUGGGACUGUUAUUUCACUAUUUUUCUCUGUUCCUCUCUCUGUCUUUUACUCUCUUAAAGAGACAUCAUAUUGUCUGUCUACAGGCUGCCUUGUCAAGAACUGUUCCACGUGCAAUGAUGGCUUUGUUAGAAUCACCUACAGUUUGGCACGAAGACGAUUACAAGCUAAUAAAAAUUUUACCGUUUGCAAGCCUUGUAAUCAAACUGAGAAAGGAAGGAUGAAAGCAAAAUUGCAAGUGAUCGAUAGAGACGAGUCCAAAUGCCCUCCAGGUCAGAAGGAACAUUCAUUUUUAGUUACGGAAUUUAAAAUAAUGUGAAAAUACCCUCAACAAAUGAAGCGAAAGAGAGGAGAAGCAGAGGAGAAACGCUCUUCAAUAACAAUCAGAAUAUCAAAACUCCUGCGUCUGUAAUCUGCUGUAAUUCCCGGCUUUGUGUUUCUAAGUCAGUAAACAUAGUGAUCUCUGCGUGCUUGAGAGAAAAAGAUCAGAUUUACCUGUAAAAAGUCAAGCCUAGUAUUUGAAUAAUUCAAUUUUGACUGACCAAUGGCAUUAGACUGCGAAACAGUCCGUAUUUUUGUCAUUUCUUGCGAGCAGUCAAACGCGACUCUAGGGCCGGUAGAGAACCGACUGAAUAGUCUAAAAACAGACUUUAUAUUCCUUUGUCGCCAUCUAGCGAAUAACAAAGGUUUACUUUUUCGGAGCACUCGUAUAGUUAAACAGCGCUUUGAGGUGUGAGCUCCUCUGAGCCUCUACUGUAGUAAAGCCAAUCAACAUGUUCAUGAAUUUGUUCCGAUUUCAGUUACUGGUGCGACCGAAGCUCCAUGUAGCAGAAACUGUGCCUUUUGUGUCGAUGGCGAAUGUACUCAGUGUAACCAGGGAUUCGCCCAUGUAAGACAUACCAAGCGUCAGAACAUUACACGUUGCGUUCGAUGUGAGAUGAGAAACUCCAAGAGGAAAGCGGCAAAGUUUACAGUCCUUGACGAAUCGCAAUGCCCAGGUAAAAUGCCGACAUCCUCCUAGCCUGAAUAGUAGACUUCGAGUUUUUCUCAGGGAUAAAUACUUGAGUGCUUGUGAACCUUUCCCUGCGUGUCAACUUCCUCGCGGGUGGCGGUUGUCACGCGCGCCCGUGUUCUAUCCCUUAGGAAAAUGAGAGGCUUAGUAAUGAGCCUGCAUGCCUCCCCCGAAAAGUUGCUAGGAGAUAUUAGAGUGGUUCAGAAUCACGUUCAAGUCGAAAAAGCAAGCGUCAAUUGGUAUCAUGUGACCAAGUUUCUCCAUUACUUGUCUUUCACUGUUCAUUAUCCAUACUGAGGAAGUUGUUUCAUGCCAGUUGUAUCCACAAUAACCAUUUAGAAAUGGUCACACUCAUCUUAGACCUGACGUUAACUUUUUGCCAUAAAGGUGAUUGUAAAUCUCAAUUAACUGUUUAAGUGAUUUGUGCAAGCGAAGAAAUAUGAAGGACAUUUCUAGUAGGAAGCAUUCUAAAUGUGGCUUAUUUUUGUGGUCUCUUUUUGGCAGAUUUGUACAGCUUUUUUUAGUGUAGAGACGACAGUCAGGUACACACUUUGCUCCCCCGCCCUUGCUGGGCCUUAGAUUCUAACUCUUGCUAUACUUGCAGACAGUCGAUCAUUGAUAUGACGUUAUUUUUUUUUUCUUUUCCUACCGUUUUAGCUGCGUGUGAUAAAGGCUGUCGCAACUGUGUGGAUGGCAAUUGUCUCGAAUGCAAAGCAGCUUUUGAGCUGGAUCAAGAGUCAAAGCAAUGUGAAAAGAAGAAAGGCAAGUCAAACAGAUUAAAACUGAGACCAAGACAUCUGUCGCCGUUUCGUCAUUUUUGAGGGAAAUCUUCACUGUUUAGCAAUUUGGCGCGUCAAAUUGUUAGAAAUGAAUUCGAAACUUCAAUUAUUUUUUUAAAAAGGGAAAAGGAAAUGUUAAUGUAUAAAAAUUAGAUCAAAAUUAUUUAUUGAGGUACCCUGUGUACCAGGGGUUUUUUCUUGCGUUCGGCGAUUGAGUGCGGCGGAGACGCUUUGGCGUCGGGAGCAGGUCGACACGUCUUCGGCCUUUAAGCCGAAGCCACGAGCGGCGAAGCGCGCGUCACUAAACCGGAAAACCGCGCAUGAAAAGUCUCUGGCAACCAGGAUACCGUUUAGGCCCUAAGAGUGACUAACAUCAACUUUCUCCGAAUACAUGAUCAAAAGAAUAGGUUAUGAGAAAUGAUAAAAUGAUCACCAGGGGAGAAUUGCUUUGAUCUUUUAUUAGACUGUUCACAGUCCUCUUUUUCCGUAAGAUCAUUGAGACCGAACGCUUUGUGUUACGGGCUGCUAUCUUGCUAUAAUGCCCGACGCCCGCCCCCUCGGUACAUUUGAAAAUCAAGAUACCCGUGACGGUAAGACGCGGUAUAUCUAAACGAUGUCACGAAAAAGUAGGGUAUUGUGAACAGUCUAAUCUUUUAUCAAAUCCUCCGCUCUACAUGUAAUUUUUUUGUCCCCUUUGAUAAAAUCUUCUUUAUUUUGGCAUUUCUUUCCUUAGAACAGUGAUGUUUUCCGUUCUGUAGGAGCUUACGCUUUCAGCCACGUUUUACGGCAAAAUGUAUUUUAUUUUACAUUAAUACUGUCCGUUGUUUUCAGUUUGUGGUAGAGGCCGCAAUAAGAAAAGAUGUGCAAAAGGCAAACCAGGAGUUAAACCCAAUAGAAAAGGUAAGCUAUUAAUCUCAUUCCACAACUGA